CCACACGCCAUUCAAUUGUGAAACCUCGAACGAGACGCACGCGCCGCUAUCAUGGCUAGCACCGGUUCUAAAGUUGCCCUUCACAUUCUAAAUGCAAUUAGUUUAAUAAUCGGACUCGCGAUCGCAUCAGCUUCUAUAUGGUUCUUCUGUCAAGUUAAUGAAUUUACAAGAUUAAGGAACAGUAAUCAUUACUUGCUCGAUUACACCGUGUACUGGCCCCAGGCCAUACCAUGGUUGUUCUUCUUCGUCGCGCUGUUUGUUGUGGGAGUUUCGGCGUGCGGUUUCGCCAGCGCCAAGAAGAAAAGUCGGGGCCUCUUAACUGUGUAUAUUACGAUGUCAUCGAUUGUGAUUCUGUGUUUGGUUGCCGCCUCUGUUCUCUCCUUGGUUUUUGCUGACAACAAAUCAACGGAUGACUUCGUCAAGGACACGGUAUGGGAUGUGUAUUUCCAAGCGAAAAUUGACACGGAAGUAGCCGAGUCGUUUGGCGUUAUCGAGAGAAAGCUACACUGUUGCGGCGCUGAUAGCCCGCGGGAUUACAAGAACUGGAAAUCCGAGUUCCCGAUGUCAUGCUGCGACGUGUAUUACCACGGAUGGUUGGAACCUUAUACGAUUGAUUGUGAAUUUACGAAUAAAUUGGCCAAUGAGAGGCACGGGUGUUCGACGGUCGCUGCUCAGUACGCAAGAAUUGCCAUCAAGGUUUUGUCUGCUGCGUCUUUAUUUACGGCGUUUAUUAGCAUAAUGAGUGUUGCGGCUGCUGUUAUGUUAUCAAGGGCGCUGGAGAAGAGGAAUCGGCCACCAGUCCAGCACGAGUCAGAGAGCAAAAAGGUUUUACUGUAGACGUAAGUGGUUUAUGUAAUUCGAUUACGUUAAACUGUCAAACAUUGUAUUUUUUUUUAAAUAUUCCAUGAUUUAAAAAGUGUGAAAAGUAAUGGUUUACUUUAAAUAUCUAAUGAUCUAAAGAAGCAUGUAGAAUGACUUGUUUCGUAACAAAAUCAUGUUUUUCCCAUGACAUACAUAACUAUAAAUGCUUUAGACAGCUCUUACAAUAUUUAAAAAACUUGUUCUAAUGUAUAAAUGAUUAUUAUUAUUAUUUAAACACGGUUGAUUUUUCUGUAUAGAAGUUUUUCUUUUCUCGUUUGAGAAAACAAGUAACUUCAAUAUAUGAAGGCGCUAAUUCGGCGAACAAACAUUCAGCUUACAACAUGACGGAGAUAAUAUCACGUACUCACGUGAAAAAAAAAACACCUUAAAGACAGAUGCAUACUGUUAAAACGACGCACGUAAAGCUAGCGAACAAUGUUGAUUUUUGUUUGAUGUUACAUGUUACGAUCAAGAUACGUUUUUGAACAUAACAAACGCAAUAACCUAUUUAAUGUUAACUUUUAAUGUCAUUUUGAGAUUUAAUUUGACUUGAGAAAUAGCUAAAAGUUUUCAAUGUAAGUUCAAUUUAAUGAUAGGUAUUUAUUAAUUAAUUUUUAAUUAAAUAAAUGACGUUCUAUAUGAAAUGUGGACGUUAAAGUUAUUUUAAUAGACCAUCUAACGAUAGGUGAUUACCUUUGAUUGUUAGUUUUGAAAUAUUCAAUAGCUUCUUUACAUUGUCAACGCGAUAUAGUGUCUUAACUAGAUGUUUUUUACUUUACAAUUUGUGGAGUUCAGUUUUAACGUUAAGUAUGUAAAUAUAUAUUUAUAAGCGUAUACUUAAAACACACAAAUGCCUUUAUUAAUUAAACAAGGUCUAAUUUCAUUUUUAUUCAACAGUGAGCGUUUUAUGUUUAAUUAAUUCGAUAACAUAGUCAUAUAUGACUCAUUUAGUGACGUGUCGUUUUUAUAGUUUGUAUCUGGCAAUCUUUAAACAUGAGCAAACUCCCUUUAUAGGGUUUUUAAUAAUAGUAUUACAUAUUUUACUUUUAAGACUGUUAGUUUAGUUUGCUUAAAACAAUAUUUUUUUUAAUUAUAACACAUGUAAAUAAUCAUAAACAUGCAUGUUUAAUUAAGUUCUUUAGUUUUUUAAUUAUUUAUUUAAUAGCAUUAGUCUAAUGUAUAAGUAAUCUUAAUAAUGAAAUAGCUUUUAACAUAAUCGAUUUGUUAGAAAGUAGGGCGUAGUAUGUUAUGGGUUUUGUUUUCUCUUUUCAACGCAUUUAAGUGCGACGGAGACAGAUGUAUACUGCAUUUUGUAACAAUAGUAGUAUUAGUAAUUUUGUUAAUAAAACGUGUGGAUAUGACUCUAGUAAGACUGGAAAUAUAAUGAAUAUCUACAAGCCUAGUAUAGUAUAGAAACAGAUUUGUUUGUCAUAUUAUUGUAUUUAUCUAUUUUUAUAUAUUAAUUGUAUGUAUUAGUAUAAUAUUAUGUAAUGAUACGUUUUAAUGUAUAUAACGUAUGUGUAUUGACUUGUGGUUGAUUGGGAAUAAUUAUCAUGUAUUGUAAAAACACUUUCAGUUGAAGUUUAUUAUAAAAGCUCAGUUUAAAGUUCAACAUUGCAUUUUGCAAAGGUGAUAUAUUUUAGGAACUCUAUAUAUUUUUCUUUAGAUAAAAUGGCGCUAUUUUUAUUGUUAUUUCUUGUUAAGUAAAUUUAAGUUUCGAGUAACGAUUUGUAAUUUAAUGUAUAAUAUAAAGUCAUUUAUCAACUGUAGCAAAGUUUAAUUGAUUUUUAAUUAUUUUUGUCGAUAACUGUUUUUAAAACUAUUUGCGGUUAUUUUAAUAUAUAAGGUGAUUAGUAAUGAUUAUCAUUUUAGAAGA